UUACAACAUUACCAAAAUGUACAGUUUUUAAAUGUCUCGUUUGAGCGUUAAUUAGGGUGAUUUCAGCGACCAACACCAGGAUGAAUAUGGCGGCUGCAAACAGUUCUCAAAGCAGCACGGUUGUGCCUCGUAACUUCAAACUGCUGGAGGAAUUAGAGGAUGGUCAGAAGGGCGGUGGAGACGGAAACAUCAGCUGGGGGCUGGCUCAGGACGAUGACAUCACCCUGACCUCAUGGAAUGGCAUGAUUAUAGGACCAGGCCGGACAAUAUUUGAUGGCAGAGUGUAUGAACUUACUUUGGAAUGUGGCGAAAGAUACCCAGAUGACCCUCCUUUAGUACGAUUCAAAACUAAAAUCAAUUUGUCUUGUGUCAAUAAGGAAACUGGACUGGUGGAUAGAGGAAAGGUGCCUGUGUUAAACAGCUGGCAGAGAAAAUAUUCAAUUAAGACUGUUCUGACAGAACUCCGGAAAAUAAUGACGCUGAAGGAAAAUAUAAAGCUACCCCAGCCACCUGAUACCAGCUCCUUUUGAAGAGAAAUGCAAUUUAAAUUCUGUGGGAGGCUGCGUCGAGUAGAGAGGAGAGGGCAGAGGAGUGGUCUGUGUGACAUGAAGGCCCCGGUGUGGGGCAUGAGAACAGGGGCACAGGGGGACUCUAUACUUCAACAGUCCAUUUUCUCACCAUGAUUUUGUCACACAUAUUAACAAAGUUUAAAAUGUCUUUUAUUGUAAGAAUGGAAAGCUUCUCGUGAUGCCUUUGACCUGUAUGUGAGAAGUGUACAAAAGGCUACACUUGAGAUUCAUCUGAUGUCGCAGCUGUUUUUGUUUCUUACUAUGUGAAGCCUACAUUGAGAAAGUCCACAAAUCAGCCUGAUACAGAUGACACAUAACCUAUUUAGUAAAUUAUACUCUCUUUCAUAA